UUCCCCCUCCCGCAGAGCCGGCCCGGUUGGUGCGGACUCGGAGGCCGAAGAGCCGGAGGAGUCUCCGCCGCCGCCGUGGGUAGGAAGAGGCAGGCCGGAGGAGGGAGCCAGCCGCCGUUGCCGCGCCGGCACCGCCUUGGGGCAUGGCCGUCAAUGUGCAUUCCACAUCUGUGACUAGCGAGAACCUGAGUCGCCAUGACAUGUUAGCAUGGGUCAACGACUCCCUGCAGCUCAACUACACCAAGAUUGAACAGCUCUGCUCAGGUGCCGCUUAUUGCCAGUUCAUGGACAUGCUGUUCCCAGGCUGCAUCCAUUUGAGGAAGGUGAAAUUUCAGGCCAAGUUGGAGCAUGAGUAUAUCCACAACUUCAAAGUGUUGCAGGCAGCCUUCAAAAAGAUGGGUGUGGACAAGAUUAUCCCAGUAGAGAAGUUGGUGAAGGGGAAGUUCCAAGACAACUUUGAGUUCAUUCAGUGGUUUAAGAAAUUCUUCGACGCCAACUAUGAUGGGAAGGAGUACAAUCCAUUGCUGGCGAGGCAAGGCCAAGAUGUGGCCCCCCCUCCAAACCCAGGUGAUCAGAACGUCAACAAAUUCAAGAAACCCAUUGGCUCUGCAGUCCCGCAGAGAACCUCCCCAACAGGCCCUAAGAACUUGCAGAAUCCAGCCAGGAUGAACAUCGCUCCCACCAAUAUUGUACGGAAAAACACUCCUUUGGCCCGGAACGGAGGCAGCGAAGCCGAUGCCCAGAUCCUGGAGUUAAACCAGCAGUUGAUGGACCUGAAGCUGACGGUGGAUGGGCUGGAGAAGGAACGUGACUUCUACUUCAGCAAACUGCGAGACAUCGAGCUGAUCUGCCAGGAACACGAGAGUGAGAACAGCCCCAUCGUAUCAGGCAUCAUAAGCAUCCUGUAUGCCACAGAGGAAGGCUUUGCCCCCCCAGAGGACGACGAGCUGGAUGAGCAGCAGCAUCCGGAGGACCAGGAUGAAUACUAAUUCCACACUCGCUCAUUGUCUGUCAUGACAGACCACCCCAUGCUCCUCACUGACCAUGGACAUUUAAGGUUUUUGCGUUGUACAGCCUCGUCCUGCACAGUCCACACAUUAUAACAGGUUUCUUACCAAUACAAGAGGCCCACAGUGGUUUCUGUAUGUUUUGCAGAUCCCGCAGGAAGCCCCACGACGACAUGGUAAAUAGGCAGCAGUAGAGGGAGGAGACCAGUGCUGUAAAUAGGCCUGUGGUGGGGCAGGACGCCCGGCAUGGUGCCCUGGGCUCCUUCCCCUCCUCGCCCUAUCCCAUCCCACCCCCCAUCUUCCUUAUUUAUUGAAUUUUUUUUUCCAGUUGUCUUGGGUGUGAGCGCUCCCAACCCCCUUGUAUUAUAUUGAGAGACAAAUUCUUUGUAUAUUUUUCCGUACUGGAUUUCGCUAGCACUUUGCCUGUUGUGUUCAUGCCGAGCCAAGCUUUGGCACCCCCUCCUGGUUUUGGGGGUGUUUGAGCCUGGAGGAGGCCAAGCCCAGAACUGGAAGCUCGUUCAGUG